UGUGUCCUUUGAUUGGAGCUUAGCGCGUUUUUGACGGUGUUUUUUUUUAACUUUCGCCGACGGCCAUGGCGGCGGCCGCGACGGCGGAGUGUGAGUGGACGGAGCAUGAAACUGAGGAUGGAAGGCCGUUCUACUGGAACGCGGCCAUGAAGAAAAGUGUGUGGGAGAAACCGGACGGGUUCCAACCAAAACGCAGGCGGCGACGGGCAUGGAGGUGGAAGACUCCGAAGGAGGAGGAGAGGACGGGAGCGAAUUUCGUCCCGUGGUCAAGGUUCGGCGCAAGAAGGCUAAGGAGGAGAUCAACGUCGGUGAUGGUCAGGAAGUGGAGAAACUGCUCAGCAACAACAAGUUCAGCCCGCUAGCGGAGAAGAGCAACAACAACAACAAUGCGAACCCAGCAGCAGAAAAAACCACCCCCGUGGUACCAGCACCCGGUAAGUCGGCCGGGGAGAAGAAGCAGCCGCCGCUGGUGGUGAAAGACACGAGCUUCGCCCGCCUUGCGAAGGUGAUGUCGUCAUGUGAUGUCCAGCCGGAACACAAAUUGACGCGGUACGGCACCAUUACGUGCUUCUCGAGCGACGACUUUGACACGGUGCAAGCCCACCUGAUGAAGAACAAGGUGCAGUUCUACACGCACGGAAAGCGCAGUGCGAGACCGCACCGGGUAGUGAUGCGAGGUCUCCCGAACGUGGACCCGGAUAAAAUCAAGGAGCUGCUCAAGACGGAACAUCAACUGGACGCCUUGGCAGUACACGCCAUCAAGCGGAAGCAGCAACUUCCCGCCAUCGAUGAGACGCCUUUCAUCGUGCUCUUCCCCAAGGGACACACCAGUCUCAAGGAGUUGAGUAUGAAGGUGAAGAAGGUGGGACCAGUCGUCAUCCGGUGAGUGGCCUACCGGAACAAGGAACCGCACGUGACCCAGUGCAAGAACUGCUUGCAGUUCGGUCACGGAACCAGUAACUGCCAUCUCAAGCCCAGGUGCAGCAGCUGUGGGGGUGCCCACAGCACAGAUAAGUGCAAAGCAGAAGAAAAUCAAGCCAAGAAGUGUGUCAACUGCUCUGGAUCCCACGAGGGUCUGGACCGCAGCUGUCCCAAACGUGCGCAGUUCAUCCAGUUGAGGCAGCAGGCGUCCAAGCCGAAGCCGCCAGUAUGGAAGAAGGACAAACAGACUCCGGCUGGAGCCGCGUUCACCGCGGCGGAUUUUCCUCCGCUACCUGGAGCGGUGCCGUCCAUCGGGACGGAAGAAAAGCAUCCUCGUCCCGCAGGAAGAAGUCCAGAUAAUACUGGCGCCGGCGCCGGUGCAACCCCGAAGGAGGAUCAAGGCGAACCGAAGCUGUACAGCGAGUCGGAGCUGUGGUCCAUUUACCGAGAGUACAGAGUUCGCUUGAGGCAGUGCAAGACACCCGAGGAACAGAUUGACGUGAUCGCACACUUGCUGACACAUGGCACGAGAAAAUGAUAAUCUAAAUCAGGUCCGUUUUUUUAUUUAGUUUUUUUUCAUUAUUUUUUGUACUAUUGAUCCUCGGUAAUAACCUGGUCACAGCACCUAAAAGGACCUAAUAAAAAAAAGUUAUGAAAAAAAAAAAUAACCGUGUACGCCUAAGUACAAAAUGUAAACAAACAUUUUGGUAGUGCCGGUGGUGAGUGAGUUGUCCACGAAGCAAAUCAAAUCCGGACGCGGCCACAGCCAGGAGUCGGACGCGGACACCUUUGUGAGCCAAAACAGCAGCAGCGGAAGGUGGGUGGUGCCGGUGCGGGACGAGGUCGGGGGGAAAGUUGGUUUUCGAAAAAAGACAAGGCCAGCUUCCUGCAGGACCUGCAGCUGUUUCACGACCGGAGUUGGACGCAGUUUAUGCGGUUGCCGAAGAUCGGAGGUCGGGAUGUGGAUUUGCACCGGUUGUAUUCGGUGGUGGUGGCCAGGUGGACGAAAUUGAAGUUGAAGCAGAUUUACAUCCGCUUUUCGAACAAGUACGAUAAAGUACAUUUUAACGGUGAGGAGAAGGAUCCGACGGAAGA